AGAGAGAGGUAAGCUGGACUAAAAAAUUGCCUUUGCCCGCACGCCCCUUUGGCCCACCGCCUGGACUCGUCUCGCCCGCGGGCGAUCUCCUCCAUCCGCUCGCCGCGCCGCAACCCGGAGAGGAGACUGCGCUCGGCCGAGCACCACCUGGGGUCCAGCAUCCUCGCAACCAUCUCCGGCACGGCGUCCGCCCUCUGCAGCCCCGGUGUCCUUGCGACCGUCGCUGCUGUCCUACUUCGCCACUGGCCACUUUGCCCGGCGACGAGCACCACCAGGACACUAGGGUGUACAUGUGUACACCCAUGUCCUUUACUGGGUCCGCCGUAGCAGAUUAAGGUUUGGUUGCAGAAGAUAUUGGAGGGUUGCCCACCAUGACGAGUCCGCCAAGGGUGAGCAUGGAGAUCACCGAUGACAUGCUCAAGAGCAUGGAGGUCGGCCUAGCCUUCCGGGACUAUAAUGGCAGAAUUAGUUCUAUGGAUUUUCACAGCAAGGCUACCAGCUAUCUCGUGACAGCUAGCGAUGACGAAUCAAUCCGCCUAUAUGACACUCAAAAUGCAGUAUGUUUGAAGACUAUUAAUAGCAAAAAAUAUGGGGUCGAACUAGUGUGCUUCACUGAUAACCCAACUAUUGUCUUAUAUUCAUCAAAAAAUGGCUGGGAUGAAUCUCUGCGUCUACUCUCACUGAAUGAUAACCGGUUUCUUAGAUAUUUUAAAGGUCACCUUGACAGGGUUGUCUGCAUCUCAUUUUGCUCUGAGAAAGAAAACUUUCUCUCUGGUUCACUUGACCGUACUGUUCUCUUAUGGGAUCAACGAGCUGAAAAAUCACAGGGCUUACUGCGUGUGCAAGGGAGGCCUGCAGUUUCAUAUGAUGAUCAGGGCAUGGUAUUUGCAGUUGCCUAUGGUGGUCACAUAAGGAUGUUUGAUGCUCGAAAAUUUGAAAAGGGGCCUUUUGAGAUCUUCUCUGUUGGUAAUAAUGAUUCAGAAGCCCAUGUCAUAAAGUUCAGUAGUGAUGGCAGGCGGAUUCUGUUAACCACUAAAGCUGGACGUGUUCAUGUGCUAGAUUCAUUCCAUGGCAAUAGCAUUGCAUCGUACAAUGUGAAGCCAGUGGUAACCAAUUCAACACUGGAGGCAUCGUUUAGUCCUGAUGGAAACCAUAUCAUAUCUGGCUCUGGUGAUGGUAGUGUUUAUGCUUGGAAUGUUAGGAGUGGAAAGGUCGCACGCUGGGGAAGCACAGAUAACGAACCGCCACUGGUAAGGUGGGCUCCAGGAUCCUUGAUGUUUGUGACAGGAUCAUCAGAACUGUCAUGUUGGGUUCCGGAUCUGUCCAAGCUGGGAUCCUUUACCAUUAGCAAGUAGAUGCAAAUGAUAAGAGGUGGACUGCCCUUGCAAGCCCUGCUUGUCUCUGUAUAUUCUGUUGCGGUUGAAGGGACUCGUUAAGCAUUCACCACCGAUCCUUUAGCAAGCUGUUGUAUCUCUCAUUUCUGGAUGUCUCGGCUCGGAGAAAUCUUGUAAUUCAGACCAGAUGGGUAUAUAGAGAGAGCAAAGAAACAAGGCGGAUGGGCUUGGGCAACGGUUGGUUAGUUUGUUUCAGUUGGAUUCCUUGUACUGAUGUGCUAUUUCAUUGUGCAUCCACCUCUUCAUAUUUCUGGUUCGAUUGUU